AUGAAGAAGAAAACUGUCUAUACCUUAAAUGUUGGCGAUCAAGAGUAUGAAGAUAUGGAAGGUGAAGAAGAUAAAGAUAAUACUGCUACCACUCGUUUGUUGUACAGUGAAACUGACAGAUGUCCAAUAUGUCUUAAUUGCCUAUUAGAGAAGGAAGUUGGUUUUCCAGAAAGCUGUAAUCAUGUCUUCUGUAUGACCUGUAUUCUUAAAUGGGCAGAGACACAGGCUUCAUGUCCCAUUGACCGAAAACGUUUUCAAGCAGUGUUUAAAAUCAGUGCAUUGGAAGGUUGUGUUAAGGUUCAAGUAAAAAGACAGUUGAGAGACGCAAAAGACAACAUAAACGAAAGCUCUUUUAAGAAACAGCUCUCCUGUCAUGAAAAUUCUAAAAGCUGUAUGAGAAAAAACAUAGGAGAUCUAUUAAGUGCAAAGCUUUAUGACUUGAAGAUACACAGAAAAACUAAAUGCAGUGAAAUGGGAGGAAAGAAACAUGCAUCAAUGAAGAUGCAGAAGCUUCGAAGAUCAAAUCAGUGCACAAGCUCAUCCUUCAGAAAUUCUUUCUCCAAUAUAUUUUCUUCUACUAGUUACACUGGAGACUCUUCUUUUACCUGUAGAGCUUACUGUACAGAACUUGUAGAAGUCAAUGAAAUCAGUGCAUUAAUUAGACAGAAGAGACAGGAACUGGAAUUGUCAUGGUUUCCUGAUACAUUACCUGCAAUUGGAAGAAUUGGUUUUAUACCCUGCAAUACUGAAACAGAAGUCCUUCCUCUCAUCCCUUCUGUGUUGCCGAGAACUAUUUUUCCAACAAGUACCAUAUCUUUAGAGAAUUUUGGUACUUCUUGCAAGGGAUAUGCAUUAGCACAUACUCAAGAAGGAGAAGAGAAAAAGCAAACUUCCGGUACAUCAAACACCAGAGGAUCAAGACGAAAAUCUGCAGCAGCAACUCCUACAAGGAGAUCUACACGUAACACAAGAACUGAAACGGUCACUCAUUCUCAGAAAUCCCCAGCAUCAAAUAAUUCUGGGUAUGAUGCCCCAGAAAACAGUAAUCCAUCUCUAAGUGUUUCUUCUUCCACUGAGUCAGAAAAGCAAACAAGACAGGCCCCCAAACGGAAGUCUGUAAGAAGAGGAAGAAAACCACCUUUACUGAAAAAGAAACUUCGAAGCUCUGUACCUCCUCCUGAAAAAGCAUCUUCCAGUGAUUCAGUAGAUGAAGAAACAGCAGAAUCUGACACACCACCUGUGUUGGAGAAAGAGCACCUAUCAGAUGAAGAAAGUAGAAACACUUGUACUGUGCAGACAAAUGUAGAAAAUAAGUCUGCUAAUGGCUUGAAAAGUUGCAGUGAGCAAAUAGAAGAAAGUGAGGAACAUACUGAAAACCAUGACACAGGGGAAAAAGUAGAAUCUUCACAUUCUGAGUCUUGUAUCCAAGAUCCUCCUAUUCUAAUUGGAGAGGAGGAGGACGUUCAGAAAGUUAAGAAUACGGGUAUUGAGGAAAUUAAAAAAAUUGAGAAUGCAAGUAUUGAGGAAGUUCAAAAAGUUGAGAAUACAGGUAUUGACGAAGUUCAAAAAGUUGAGAAUACGGAUAACGAGUCUAAAGUUUUUUGCAUAGAAGGUGAUAUUUCUAAAACUAUUUCUGAAGGAGGUGAUCAAUUAGAAAAUGAAGACCAAAUAUCUGUACCUUCAGAAUCAGAAGUAAAAGUAGAUAAGUGUACAGAUCAUCCUCCUAAUGAUACUCUUACAUGUUCAGCAUCUGAAAUUGAAGUACACCAACCUGUACCAAGCCUAGAUGAGUUAUCUGAGAAUGCAGAGAUAGUGGUUAAUGAAGAAAAAGUUGUAGAGGUCAAUGAAGAAAAAGUUGUAGAGGUUAAUGAUCAAGAGGUUAUAGAGAGUCCUAUAGUAGGAAUUAUUGAUCAUAAUGGUUCUACAGUAAAAGAAGAACAGCUUGGAGGCAGCCCAAAAUUAGAAUCUUCUGAAAGUGGAAUUAUACAAACAGCAGACAAAACCUCUAUUGAGAUCUCCGAGAUUCAGUUACCUGGGCACGUUGAAACUGGAGAUGCAGAAGUAAUGUGUGAUACUUCAGGGAAUGAAAAUUUCAAUAGUAUUCAAGACUCUGAAAGUAAUUUAUUAAAAAAUAAUUUAAACACCAAAUUAGACACAUCUUUAGAAGAAAAGGCUGAGUCUCUGGUUGAACAUCCCAGAUCUACAGACUUGCCUAGCACACAUGUUGAACAGAUUCAGAAGCAUUUUAGUGAAGACAAUAAUGAAAUGAUACCUAUGGAAUGUGAUUCUUAUUGCAGUGAUCAGAAUGAAUGUGGAAUUGAAUUGUCUGUAAAUACUGAUGCUAAACAAUUGAACAAGAAUUCUGCAGAGCACAGUUUUCAAAAUGAUAUGCCGCCUUCUGAUCCUGUAAGUGAAAAAGUUGAAACUGUAUCUCAGCCACUAGAAAACCCAAUAGAUUUGAUAGAUAAAGCAAAAAAGCCCCGUACUCGAAGAUCUAGAUUUCAUUCUCCAUCUACAACUUGGUCUCCCAACAGAGACACUACACGGGAAAAGAAGCGGUCUCAGUCUCCAUCGCCCAAAAGAGAAACUGGAAAAGAAAUCAGGAAGUCUCGGUCACCAUCUCCCAAAAAAGAAUCAAGAGGACGGAGAAAAUCUCGUUCUCAGUCCCCAAGAAAGGAUAUUGCAAGGGAAAGAAGGCAAUCACAGUCUCGAUCUCCAAAAAAAGAUAGCACAACGGAAGGCAAAAGAUCAGAAUCACUCUCCCCAAAGAGAGACACUUCUAGAGAGAACAGAAGAUCUCAGUCAAGAGUGAAAGAUUCCUCCCCAACAGAAAAAUCUAGGUCCCGGAGCAGAGAAAGAGAAAGUGAUAGAGAUGGGCCUAGGAGAGAAAGAGAAAGAGAAAGGAGAACCAGAAGGUGGUCUAGGUCCAGAUCUCGUUCUAGGUCACCAUCAAGAUCUAGAACAAAAAGUAAGAGUUCAUCAUUUGGUAGAAAUGACAGAGAGAGCUACUCUCCUCGGUGGAAGGAAAGAUGGGCAAAUGAUGGUUGGAGAUGUCCACGAGGAAAUGAUCGGUACAGAAAGAAUGACCUAGAGAAACAGAAUGAGAAUACAAGAAAAGAAAAAAAUGACAUCAGUCCAGAUGCUGAUGAUCCAAAUUCUGCUGACAAACAUAGAAAUGACUGUUCCAGUUGGGUAACAGAAACAAUAAAUUCUGGACCCGAUCCAAGGACCAGACAUCCAGAAAAGUUAAAAGACUCCCCUUGGGAAGAAAAUAGAAAUGAAAAUUCAGGGAACACUUGGAAUAAAAACUUUGGUUCAGGUUGGAUGUCUAACCGUGGUAGAGGUAACCGGGGCAGAGGCACUUACAGAGGUAAUUUUGCCUAUUCAGAUCAAAAUGAAAAUCGGUGGCAAAACCGAAAACCCCUCUCAGGGAAUUCAAAUGGUUCAGGGAAUGAAUCUUUCAAGUUUGUGGAACAGCAACCCUAUAAACGGAAAAGUGAGCAAGAGUUCUCAUUUGAUACACCAGCAGAUAGGUCCGGGUGGACAUCUGCAUCUAGUUGGGCUGUGAGAAAGACUCUCCCAGCAGAUGUGCAAAACUAUUAUUCACGACGAGGGAGGAACUCCUCAGGCUCACAGUCUGGAUGGGUGAGACCGGAAGAGGAAACACCUGAACAGGAUUCUAACUUAAAAGACCAAACAAACCAACAAGGUGAUGGUUCUCAGCUACCCAUAAAUAUGAUGCAACCACAAAUGAAUGUAAUGCAGCAACAAAUGAAUGCACAGCACCAGCCUAUGAAUAUCUUCCCAUAUCCAAUGGGUGUUCAUGCUCCUUUGAUGAACAUCCAACGCAAUCCAUAUAAUAUUCAUCCUCAGCUACCCUUGCAUCUGCACACAGGAGUACCUCUCAUGCAGGUAGCUGCUCCUACCAGUGUAUCUCAGGGACUGCCGCCACCCCCACCCCCUCCCCCACCAUCCCAACAAGUCAGCUACAUUGCUUCACAGCCAGAUGGAAAGCAAUUGCAGGGUAUUCCUGGUGCUUCUCAUGUAACUAAUAACAUGAGUACACCAGUCUUGCCUGCUCCAACAGCAGUCCCUGCAAAUAUGGAAACAGUUCAGGGACCAAGUUCUGGUAAUGCUUCGUCAUCAAGUCACAGCAAAGCCUCUAACGCUGCUGUAAAAUUGGCAGAAAGCAAAGUAAGUGUUACAGUGGAAGCCAGCGCAGAUAGCUCGAAGACAGACAAGAAAUUGCAAAUUCAAGAGAAAGCAGCACAGGAGGUAAAACUGGCCAUUAAGCCCUUUUACCAAAAUAAAGAUAUCACCAAGGAAGAAUAUAAAGAGAUUGUACGAAAAGCAGUAGAUAAAGUUUGUCAUAGUAAGAGUGGAGAAGUCAAUUCUACUAAAGUGGCAAAUUUGGUUAAAGCCUAUGUAGACAAAUACAAAUAUUCACGUAAAGGAAGCCAAAAGAAAACUCUGGAAGAACCUGUGUCUACUGAAAAAAACAUAGGCUGA